AUGCAAUCCUGGAUGGUCGCAGACAGAUGCUACAGCUAUGAUGACCAGACCUUCACCAAGCGAGACCUACUAGACCAUGAACGCGCAACUGACACACAAGGUCGCCCCGUCAGAAUACGUUGGAGCGCCGAGCGGCUCCAGAACGAUCAUGCGGCGCUCGCAUUCAUUCGAGAAAAGACUACCAUCCCCGUUCCAAAGAUUCUCGAAUUCAAGAGUAUGAAGGAGGGCAUCUACGAACUGAAAAUGGAGCGCGUAUACGGAACGCCUCUUAACAAAAUCAGAGGUGAUAAAGAGCAGGCUAUUAGGGCGGUUGAUGAGUAUAUCACACAAUUUGUCCUGCCGCAGCUCCGCAGUUUGAGGUCCCGCAAUGUGGGUUCUUUAACUGGCAAAAUCAUUUCUCCUACUCGUCUGUGGAAGCAGCCGGAAUCCCAUCAGUGGACCCCGUGGAGAUCCUGGACGAAACGGAACGUCUUUAUCCAUAAUGAUCUCGGUCAUCAGAAUAUACUCGUGGACGGCAACUUCGAGGUUGUCGGAAUCGUCGAUUUGGGAAUAUUCUGGCUUCUACCCGGACGAUUUUGAAGCUCCGCUGUGGUCCAUGUCGCCUGAGGAGGAGGGUUAUUUUGAUAUUGACGCGGAUAAGAUCCCCCGACUCGCCAAAUUUCUUUCGCAGAGGCAACACCAGCGACUAUGGCUCCGCGAUUUACCAACCUUCCGCUUAUGCGGAAAAUCGAAGAGGAUGG